UUUUCGAUGUCAUUUCUUCUGUCUCUCUGCCUGUGUGCUGUUGGUGUACGUUCUCUGUCCUGCUUCUCCGUACUCACUCUGGGAGAGCCAAAGCUAGGGAGUCUCCUUUCUCAGAGUCCUCAUUGUGCAUUCUUUGAGAACAAUCACAAGAUCCAAAUGCUCUUAAUUCCAUGUAUUCCAAGAGGCUUCGGUUGAUUUAGGGUUUUCUAAGGGGGGAAGAAAGAGAAAGGGGGGAGACAGAAGGUGGGGGAGAGGUGGGUCCUCGAUUUCUCGAUCUGGAGUCUCUUUUUUUGCGACUUCGAUUCGUGGGUAUUCGGUUUUUUGCGGAGGUUCUGGCGCUUGCUUGAGGUUUCCAGGAAAAUGUACCAGGCGAUCCAUCACUCCUUGGAGAAGGGAGUUGGGCACGAAGACUUGCAGGGGCCUCUUGAGGGCACCAACCUUCCGGGAGACGCCUGUUUGGUGCUUACCACGGAUCCGAAGCCGCGGCUGAGGUGGACGGCCGAGCUUCACGAGAGGUUCGUCGACGCCGUCACACAGCUCGGCGGCCCCGACAAAGCCACACCAAAGACCAUCAUGAGAACAAUGGGAGUAAAAGGCCUUACUCUAUAUCAUUUGAAGAGUCAUCUUCAGAAGUAUCGGUUGGGCAAACAAUCAUGCAAAGAACUAAGUGACAGCUCAAAGGAUGCUACUGGUCUUUCAGAAAAUCAGGGAACUUCAUCAACAUCAAGAAUGGUUUCACAAGAAAUGAACGAUGGAUACCAGGUCACUGAGGCAUUGAGAGUUCAAAUGGAAGUGCAAAGAAGAUUGCAUGAGCAGCUGGAGGUUCAGAGGCAUCUCCAGCUUCGGAUUGAAGCCCAAGGAAAGUACCUCCAGUCCAUACUUGAAAAGGCCUGCAGGGUGCUUGCUGACCAAAACAUGGCUUCAACAGGCCUAGAUGCUGCAAGACAAGAACUUUCAGAAUUGGCAAUCAAGGUCUCUGGUGAUUGCCUUAAUGCCCCUGAGACUGCAAAUUUAGCCUCAUUCUCUGAGAUAGCGGCAGUUUGUCUGGAUGAGAAAUCUAUAAACCGACAAACCCAAAUAACUGACUGCUCUGUUGACAGCUGCCUGACCUCCAAUGACAGCUCUGGGAGGGUAUCUGCCGUUGGACUGCAAGCUGGAGGGAAGAAAAGAACAAGGUCGAUAUACUGUGACAGCGAAUCACUGGUGUGGGAAAGCGAUGCUCGCCAAGAUGUACAGUGGAUGGCCAGUAUAUGAGCUCCCAGUAUCAUUGACAUUCGUUCAGCAGAAGUGUUGUUCCUUCUCGCACGAGGUAUGGCCUUAUUGUAACAUCAGAUAUGUAUAUUUGUCUGAAACGUCUUGUACUUGGAUCCUGUCACUUGCAAUAGAAGAAGCAGGUUCACCUGAAGUUUUGCGUCUGACUUCCUAUUAGCAUUAACUAUUCUGCUGUUGUCUGUAUAUCUGUCAGCAUUUUUGUUGCUAAAGGGUAGUGGGAGUCCUCCUUUGAGUAACUGAAGCCAUUGUUUCUAAGGUUGCUGCUUCCCCAUUAACUGCUGCUGAUUGAUUACUCCAAAGGAAUCGAUGCUUGUCGAACGAGAAUUAGUGAGAGGAAUCAAUGAGUUCCACUGUAGUGCACGAAUACCAAGCUAUACACGUUUAAAGCAAUGGAUGUAUGUGAAACAGACACGUUCUCAAUUCUCAUGAAUGUUUUCCUGUUGCUUUUUAGUUA